CGUCGUCGUCGUCGUCGUCGUUGGCUGUUCGGACCCUAACGAAAAUAUUUCCAGCGCGAACACUUUCAAUCUGCUGGAGAAACUCGACCGCAAAGGUUUUCCGCUGCGUGAGCUCAAACCGAGAGAGACCGUUCGCUGCGUGCUUACCCCUUUUUUGCGCCCCCUUGGAGUGCCUGUGUGUGGGUGUGAGUGUGUGUGUGUGUGUAUACGUUCAAGAAGUGGGAGCAAGUGAGACACGCUACUAUAGCUAGAAACACGUACAAGUGAGACCAAAAAUUGAGCCGCAGUAGUAGCAUCAGCAGCAGCAGCAGCAGCAGCAGUAGAAAUAAUAUUACCGACAGUGAACAAUCGAUCGAGCACGUUUACUCGAACGCGUUGUCGCGUUGUUUUCUGAAGCGUUUAGCUAUUCGCAAUUCAAUUUUCGCUAAAUAAUCUCCCCGCGCCGAGUGGCUUAAAAGUGGCUGGGUGAGUGUAGUGACGGUUUGGUGCCGUGACCAGGAAACGCCCAAGCGAAAGCAACCAAACGAAGCGAUCGUUGUACAAUAUAAGUUCAGCAAGUGAUUUUACGCGCAUUUCUCCUGCUGCAUUUCGUGUAUUGCAUUCGAGUAAAGCAAACAGGCAAACAAAAACCAUCAACCAAACACAUCAAGUGAGCAAAGGGUGUGCAAAAGGAACGGCCCAUAACAGAUACACAUAAUAGCAAAAGGGCAUCGCUACGGCCGAGCGGGCUUGCCACAUGCUGUGCUGUGCCUACAUUUCUGUUAACAUUCCUGACGCUUUGCAGACGCGUGUACGCCGUGGGUGUUGAAUAGUGCAUGUGCGCGUCGUGUGAGAGAGGUUCUCUGAUUUUUUUGUUUUGCCUUCCCAAACCCUCGGCUGCCUGUGUUGCAUCUUCGCUUGAACAGCGAAGGGCAGAAGAAGAGAAAAAAACCGACAACAACUGCCUGCAGUUGCAGCAAGUUCCCCCGUUUCAUCGGCAGGAUCGAUCGGCUGUAGUGUGUGUGUGUGUAUGUGUGUUUGUGUGAGGGUAAAGUCGGGAAGAAUUCCAUUCGCUGCCCAACGGAGUCCCGGUUCCCAUCUGGUCCGGCCGAGACCGGGUGUGCUGUGCCGUCCUCUAUGCAAGGAGUGCAAGUCGAAAACAUCGCCUCGAAAAAAAACAACACCAACCAACGGUAAAACGAUCGUGAGAAACAGUGUGUUUUAGAGUGUAACAGUGUGUACUAUGUGUAUGGUUUUUGUGGAAGGGAAAACAGAAAAAUACCAACGUCCACGUAAAUCAACCAGGGCAGUGAAAAGUUCAAACAAACCAACCCAUCAAAUCGUUUCUUAAUUUCAAGUUUUGUUGUGCUCUUGUCCUAACUUCGAUCCGAUCCGUGAUCGUGUUGUUCGAUCGAAUAAAACGUGUCUGUGGGGUUCAGUGUGUAUGUUUGCGUUUGCGAGGGUCUGUGUGCGAGAGGGGGUUCAACAGUGCAAAAAGUGUGCCGAAUGCGGUCCAGUGUCAUAAUCGAAAUCGGAUAUCCUGGGUUGCAAUAGCGAGUGAAUCCAUUUUGGGGGGUGAGCAGAUAAUCGAAAUAUUCGAAAGCGUUGUCGUCCAUAAAUCUAGAUAGUGCUCGUCUUGAUUCAACAAGUUUUAUCCAAACCUCAAACUAAACCGGCAUCUGCUUGGCAGAAAGAGAGAGAGAGAGCGAGAAAGAGAAAGGUUUUUGAUUUUUUGCUACCUUCUGCAAGUCGCAACAAACCAGAAUACAGACAUAGCAUCCUUCAAACCGAGCUCUCCGAGAAUCGGCCGACACAUCUCCUAUUGGAUUGGUUUCUUUACGUGUGUCAUCUUUAUCCAGCAUCAAUGGUGAGUAAUGGUGGAGACAGUUGGGUGUUUGGCUGUGGCGCAAAAUCGUAAGAACCAUUCGUGUGCGCUUAUGCAAGGUUGGCUAUUUUUUGUUCCUUCGAGAACAUUGAUGAAAUUGGAAAUAUUUCGUAAAGGUUACUGCAGAUGGUAACGAUGCAGCAUGCGAGCUUUUUGUACCGUCAGCGCACCCUUAGAGGUUUGCGCACCACCCUCCCGACCUCUGCCUCCGGGUACCAGAUUUCUAGCUUUAAAAUUAUUGGGAACACCGCAGCCACGCACACUCUACUUCCUAGUCGAAGCAAAAAGUCGCGUACGCGAAGUAUACGCACAAACAUGCCAUCACUUCUCGAAGCAAGGCAUGCUGGACACGGAGCUGUUCGGGCUGGCCGUACUAAUAGAUGGCGAGUACCUGUUUGCCGAUCCCGAGAGCAAACUGUCCAAGUACGGACCAAAAAGCUGGCGUUCCUCGCACACUCAUGGCCUGGACGCCAACGGGAAGCCUCUCCUGGAGCUACACUUUCGCGUGCAGUUCUACAUCGAGAGCCCGCUCAUGCUGCGUGAUGAGGUGUCGCGGCACAACUACUAUCUGCAGCUGAAGUACAACGCGGUCAACCGGGACCUGCCGAAGGAGUGCUCUGAGCAGAGUUUGCUGCUGCUCGGCGGCCUCUCGUUGCAGGCGGACCUGGGCGACAGUGCACCGGAGGAUGCCGGUACCACCCUACCCACCACACCCUCGAUCAAGACGGCGACAUCCUCGACUGCGACGGUACCGUGCAGCUCAACCGCCAACCUGAACAGCACCACUGGCGGCGGCGUCCUUAGCUCGGGCGUUAGCGUUAGCAGCAGCAGUAACAGUAGCAGCAGCGCCAGCAGUAACACCAGCAGCGCUACUAGCAGCAGCACCAGCAGCAACUCCAGUACCACCUCUGCCUGCUCCCCGAACCCAUCGGCCGGUGGUGCUCCGUCCGUGUCGUCCACCUCGACAGCAGCUUCUUCAGCCUGCACUACCACCUCGGGACCUCCAGUCCAGCCCAACACCAACAUCGCAGCGAACGAUGGCGCAAGUAGCUCCACCACCACCACCACCACCACCAGUUCGCCCUCGGUGGAGUACUUCCGACCGGACGAGUACCUUAAUCCGGCGCUGCGGUCUGCCUGGGGCAUUGCGGCCGUCACCACGUGCCACCGGGACAAUCGGGGCCUCUCCCGGGCCGACGCCGAGACGCACUUCAUCCGCGAGGCGUGCAACCUGAACGAAGCGGUCAACGCGCACGUGUUCCGGAUGAAGCAGUCGAAGAACGAAACCGGCCUCGGCACGGUAGCGCUCAGCAUCUACGCGAAGGGCAUACGGAUCGCGCAGGAUGGCAGCUCGACCGCGACCACCUUCCAGUGGCCGCACAUCGGCAAGCUGAGCUUCGAUCGGAAAAAGUUCGAAAUCCGCUCGGGCGACAGCAAGAUCACGCUCUACUCCACGAACGACGACAAGAACAAGAUGAUACUGGCGCUGUGCCGCGAGACGCACCAGUUCUCGAUGAAGAUAGCGCCCCGGCUGACGGAGGCGAUAAAGCGCGAGGAGGAGGAAAGCAGCUGCAUCCACGGCUACCCGUAUCUGUGCUCGCGUGCCCUCAACCUGCCGUACAAGAGCAAGAGCGACCAGCGCAUUUCGGUCAUCUCGAGCACGAGCUCCAACACGACGUCCGGGAUCGUGAGCGAUCGCGUCCACUCGGAGGACGAGCUGGAGAUUAUGAUCAACACGCCGCCGACGGCGACACUGGCCGCGCCCUCGACGGAAAGCCUCGCACUGGCCCACCUGCUCGACUGUCCGAGCGUUUCGCGCCAGACGUCCUCCGUCGGGCAGGUGUCGCUCAAGGAGCUGGAGGGCACGUUCGCGGCACUGUCGGUGGGCCGGACGGGCAGCGUGGUGAAUGCGGCCGGUUCGCUCGUACCGUGCAGCAGCGGCAGCAGCAACACCAACAACUGUGCGAACAGUGACAGUGGCAGUGUGGAGGGUAAGCCCGACCGCCCCGGGAAGGAGUGUGAAUCGUCGCCCUCCUCCCAGCACAACAUCGGGUCGCAGUGCUCGUCCACCUGCAGCACGGUCGUGGUGGCGACGGACUGUCUCAGCCUGCCUCAAAGCUCGACCGCAACGAGCACGACCACGAUCAGCAAUGGUGGCGGCAGCAACAGCACAAUGGUGCAGGCCACGAUCAGCCCGGACCGGCGGCAGACGUCGACGUGCAGCAGCCUGGUGCUUGGGUUCAGCCACACCGCCCAGAAUAGUACACUGAGCGUCGCGACCAGCACCUGUCUCGAUCACGACAUCAACGAGGAGGAGGAGGAAACGCACUCGGGCGUGUACACGAUCGCGCACGUGCCGCCGACGGAAACGAGCGGCGUGUACACGAUGAACAGCAGCGAGCUGACCGGCCAGUCGUCCGAGAUUGCCGAGUCGGAGUCGCACGAAAGCUCGCACUACGGCAGCUUCCAGCCGUGCCAGAGCGAGAUGGCGGAUCCGCUCGAGCCGGUCGACUCGGUCGAUGGGGACUACCAUCGGCCCCGGCUGGACAGUGGGCUGAACAGCGAGUUCCGGAUGCGGUCCGACUCGACCGUCAGUGCGGCUGGGUCGUUCCGGGGCGAUGGGAGCGAUCCGACGGACAACAAGCAUUCGCUGCUGAGUGCCGAGGAGCUGACCGAUCUGAUCGUGGGCCGCGGCACGUACCCGUCGCGCAAAACCGUCAGCCACACGCUCGACUCGGACUGUGACUACGUGACGCUGCCGCUGCCGCUCGAGGGCGAAAGCUACCUGCAGGGCAGCGAGGACACGGCCCCGACCGAGGACGAGUACGACGACGAGGUGCUGCCGCCGGCACCGCCCAAACGCAUCGACAGCAACAUGGCGGCGGCAGUGGCAGCUGCAGUCGUGCCGUGUCCUACCCGCCCGCCGCAACUCCCACAGCCCCCGGUCGAGCUGGCCCAGCAACAACCACCCCCACCGCCACCCCCGUACAAUGCGCAUCACGAAACGACGGGACUGCGUGGACCGGACAUACGAUCGCCCGCGCCUCCCGCGGCCACCGAUCCGGAAGCGCCAGCCAUUCCGUUGCGUGACCCACCGCCCUACCCGCAGAAACCGAUCGCCAUGCGCAAAAGUCCGAUCCUUCCGCCGGCCCUCCCGGUCACACCGUCCGUCCUAACGACAGCGCCCGUAUCCGAGGAAGUACCAGCACGGUUCAUCACCACCCGGCCCCAGAUUAACAUCCUUAAAGCGCACGCGAGCGUCGUUGGCGAAACGCCCAAGCCCAGCUUUGCCGCGCCGACCGUCAACAACAUUGGCAAUUUGGCGCAAGCAACACCACCUCCACCGCCACCGCCCGUGCCGACCGGCAUUCCGGGGUACAAUUUGCACCCGAACCACAAAGCCAUCACCUCGCCACCGCCCCCCUACCCGGAGAUGCCGAAGCCGCCGCCCCACCGUACGACCGCCUGCGUGCUGCUGCCCGUCAUCAAGCCGCGCCAGUACCACCCACCACCACCACCAACGAUGCCACGGCAACCACCGCCUCCCCCGCCGCCCCACUCGCUGGCCACGGUGUACACCAGCCAGCUGGCCCGGUCCCAGAUCGAGCUGUACCAGCAGCAGCUGUACAGUGACGUCGACUACGUCAUCUACCCGAUCCAGGACCCGUCCAUCAGCCAGCAGGAGUACCUAGACGCGAAGCAGGGCUCGAUCCUGGCGGCGAUGGCCCAAAGCCCGCCCCCACCGCCCUACCUCGCCUACCAUACCGUGCGCGCACACAACCGCAGCUGGGAUGCGUGCAAAAACCACGCGAUCUAUCGCAGCACGCCCUACCUGUCGAUGGCGCUGUCGUCGAACUCGCGCUACGCCUCCACCCAAAACCUGUCCGACACGUACGUCCAGCUGCCGGGUGCGUACUCCCCCCUCUACAGCCCGUCGGUCGCAAGCCUCUGCUCCUCGUACGAGCCGCCACCGCCGCCACCGCUACGGCCCCGCCCGAUGGUGUCCUCGAAGGCGAGCGCCGGCUCGAUGCAGCCGAACGGUGGCGCCCACCUAUCGAUGGCAUCGGCCGGCCCAUCGCCCGCCCUGUUCGCGCGCUCCCGCUCGGACGAUAACAUCCUUAACUCGGUCGAAAGUACGCCCAAGAUACGGCGCCAUCCGCCGCCACCGCCGCCACCGCCGUACGAGAGCAAGAAAGCGAUCCGGAAGCCACCGCUGCCGCUGCCAACGCCGAUGGAGAAGCUCAUCCCGAAGCCCCCGAUGGCUGUCCCCUCACCUUCGCAGCCGGUCGUGCCAGCGUUCAAUCCGGAACGGCCACCGGAAGUGCCAGCAAAACCGACACCACCGAAACCGAGCGGCCCGAGCGCGAAGCUGCAGGCGCAGAUCAAAAAGCAGUACCCAGACUUUGACCUCAGCACGGUUGCGUCGAUGGUGGACCAGCAGCCCGCCAACGACCACACCUCGAUCGACAUCAAAACGCUGCGGGAAAAGAGCAAACAUCUCGAUCUGCCACUGAUAUCGGCGCUCAUGCACGAUCGGUCGCUGCUCAAGCAGACGCGCGCCUUCGUCAUGCCCAAGCACCCGAAAGCGAACGCCUCCAACGGACUACCGAAAGGGUCGGGCGGUGGUAGUGGCGUGAGCGGUCCCGCCGGCGGCACUGCCCCACACAACGGCGAAGUCCCAACCAGCAAUGGAGGAUCGCCACCAGGCAGUACGCCAUCGCCGAAAUCCAAGUAUCCCGUGUCGGGCCUAUCGACCACGCAGCUGGCCAAACCGCGCAAGACUUCGGCCAGCCAUCGGCAUCCAAACGACAAGCUGCCGCCGCUGCCGGGGCAAACGGGCCCAGGGCAGACGGGACCGACGGCGGAGGGCAAUAACUACGUGAUGGAUCCGACACCGACCCCGAUCAAGCAGAAAAGCUUCAGCUCCUCCCAACCCAGUGCCUGAUGCGGGAGUGCAAAAGGAGUCUGCAACGGGCUGCUGCCUCAAGUUCAACUCUCUUUCACUCUUUCUCUAUUUUUACCCACCGACAAUGUCCUCUCUUUCUAUCAUUCUCUCUUGAUCGUGGUUGCGAAUUUUUAUGAGCGACGCACCGAUCAGCAGUGCCACCGUCGCAUCAUCAUCAACAGUGCAGCAGUAUUUUGUAGUAUUUAUUUGUUCGCCAUCUCUUCGUUGCGCUCAAUAGCGGACUCGAUGCGGGUGUUAUUGAGAGCAAGAUAAUGGUUCAACAUCGGAUUGAUCUUUAAUGAUAUGAAGUAAUCAAGCAAUGGCAAAAUAGGGAAGGAGAUUCAGAUAGGAUGAAAGAUCGAGCUGGAACAGUUCCAUAUGAAGGAACAAAUGCGCUGCAAAUAGGGUGAAAGAAUGCGAAGGGAGGACUGGAACCGAAAUGGCAACCGUACGAAAAUGAAGGAAACACAUCAAACGGAAGGUAUAAUUGGAAAAUUACUCAGGUUUAUUACUCUUGUUUUUUGCUUUGAUUAGUUCGCGUUUAUUUUUAUUUUUUCGAUGUUUGCGAAUUGUACGUAUGUGUCCGUGGGCAGAAGAACAGAAAGCGUAUCUGCUUCACACACUCACACACACACAAACACUUUUGUUUUUAUAAAACUUUUAGCAGUAGUAUUUUUUAACUAUGUAAAUAGGGUAGGGCUGAUGAGCUGACGAGCAGACGGCAGUAAACGAUAUGCGAUAAUGUCAAACUCGAAUCGAAUUAAGGUGUUGCUCGACGGACAAUACGUAGACAUAUAAUUCAAGCAGGUGCUAAGGCAACGGAACAGCGGAUACAUGUUGCCCCAAAACAUACACGCACGCACGCAGGAGGAAACGAGAAACUAAAAAGAAUCGUUUUAAGUUGUAGCUCGAUGGAACUGGAGCAGAGAAGCAACUUGGAAACAGUGCGGACAGCAAGGCGGACCAUACCUAGACAUGUAGUUCAAGAAGGUGCCAACACUCACAAUACGGAUUGUAAUAUAUUUGCCCAAUACAUGCAGCGCACGCACUAAGAGUAAAACAUCCAACAGAACAUGGUCCACAGGUCUUUUAAGCUACUAACAAUUACGGAGAAGAAAGACUAAUUUAGAGCCUAGAGAAAAGCGGACUGAUCUUGCUAUCUAAUGGAUAUAAAAAAAAGAACAAAACGAAAGGGAUAUCAAAAUGAUACAAGCGUGAUUGUCAAAUAGAAAGUGGGAAAGAAUUCUAAAAUGAAAAGGAUAGGAAAGGAUAGAAAUCGUAAAAGUGCAUCAUAAUUUGGUGAAAAUGUUUUGGUGGAAAUUUUUGCUCUUUUUGGGAACGUUAUUAUUUAUGAAAUAUUCAGAAUUCAGUUUUUGGGGUUUUGCCUUAUAUUUUUCUGUUUUGGUUUGCAAUGUUUAGUCUUAUUCGGUCUUAUUUUAUCAAAAUUGUUCUAACAAACAAAAAGGUAAAAAUGGUAACAAAAAAAGGAUACAUCAGCUCUUAUUCAUAUAGGUUUAUAGGUAGGACUCGCUUUAUGGAUUUUUGCUCAAAUAAUGGCAAAGAUAGUUUGCCAUCGUUAGGUGUUCUUUUCGUUUGUUUUACUAGAGGGUUUGCUAUCGAUCGUAACACCGCCAAGGGACACGGUUACGUCUCGUCGCUAGUCAACUCCAUUCACUAGAGUGCGAUAGGAUUGACUCACGACGACACGUGUCCCAUUCGGUAUUGGGCUAAAUCGCAAAUCUUGGUAAAGCACCUGAAAAGAUUUAAACACAGGAAGAAAGGAACAAAGAAGCAGAGAGUGAGUGUGUGAGAGAGAGAGAGGGGAAACACUUACGAAUGUAUAAAUAGGGAGGGUUCUGUUUGGAAAUUAUCUUGUUUCUUACUUUCUGGUUUGGGGGAACAACAGACACAGUCGUGCCUCCGGAGCGUCCAGAUAGAGUGACUAGAGCGGUACUAGUGGUAGAUUUUAAUAGCUAUUUAAUCCGUUCUGUUCUGCUGUCCAGUGAGUGGGCGACAGCGCAGGGGAACGGUAGAUUUAAGUGAAAUCGUUCUCUCUCACACACUCUUUCUGUCUCUCUUACUGGUUCCUGUUAGCUUCUUCAUCCAUUCCUAAAAGCGCAGGACGUUAGAUAGUUUAGCUAGGGGGAAGGAAACGCCAGCAUACGAAGUUCGGAUAUUCAGAGAUUCAGGAGGAUCGUUAAGUGUAUAGUGCAGGAUAGAGGCGGCAGGCCACCCUCCCACCCGAUGAGGGAGCACCGAUCGGACCGUGUCCCGCUUUACGGUGUACCGCUUUGCGGAAGGAUUUGCGUUUUAAAAUUUCCAACUAUGCGUUUGUUUCUUUUAUUAACAAACUUUCAAUAUACAAUUAUUAUUAUUAAUAAUGUAGUUUAGAUGUUUAGAUAGGCAACCAGCAAACCAGCAAAUAAAAUCUAGAGAUCUAAUGAAACAAUACAAUUCAA